GAUUUUAACACAACAGGGAGAUAAGCUUAGAAGAUUAGUACUUACCUUCAGUAUACAGUGUGCGGACUGUGCAUUUAGUCUGUGCUGUGUAAAUACCCUCUCGAUUAUUAAUAUAGUGUAUAGUGGCCCUAAUAUACAGGAGUUUAUUUUACGUUUCGGUUUAAAUCCACAGUAGCUGUUUACCUAAGCGAUACUGCCCAUAAUUGGAAGGUACUUGGCAAUAAGGGGAACUGUGAGAGUGUUGUCAAAGCGCAACGUUUAGCGCUGUCUUCAAGGGAUUUAUCCACGGGAUUUAGCAGCGAAUCUCCCCACCUUUGCGAGUGGGCUUAUCGCACGGGCCGAGUGUUCCUGUAUAUACAGCCCCGUCGAUUCUGAAGAUGUCGUCGUCAGGCGUUUACGUCGUUGAGAAUACUAACGAAAGCAGUACAGACGUAUCCCCAACAGACACACGGGGCCCCCCUUGGAGCAGAGAAGCCGGAAACGACUUCCUGAACUACCCCGACAAGGAGGACAACACCCGAAUAUCAGUGAUCAACUAUAAUAACCAACCCCCUCGAGGUUCUUUCCGGUCCCGGAAUGGACGGCCCCAGGUCCAAAUGACGAAGUCCGAGAAGAGGAACAUCGCUGUGCGCGGCGCCCUCUGCGCUUUGAUUGGGGUGUCCGUACUUGUGGCUAUAGCCGCAAUUAUAGCCUUGGCUAUUGUCCUGACCGACAAAAACAGAGAACCGUCCACAACACCCCGUCCACAGACGUAUGAAAUAGUUCAGUACAGUGGUCAGUUCAGAUUACAAGAAGAAUGGAGCCCGGAACUGACCAAUCAAACAUCAGAGGAGUAUCGGGCUAUGGAAGCUCGUAUUAUAACACAGCUGGACAAGGCUUUUAUGAGCAGUGUUCUGUGGAGGUACUACAAUCGUACAGAGAUUGUCUCCCUUCAAAAUGGCAGUAUCAUUACAGCAUUUGACACGUUUUUCUCGGCUUUGAGAGAGUACACUCCCUUGGAUCCUGACAAACCGACCAACAUAUCCGUCCCUGCCAGCAUGGUCGGUGCCAUUAUCGUGGACCAGUUCCUCAGUGGAGUGCUUGGUCUGGCGCUAGACAAGGAAAGUGUUGUCAUUCAAAAUGUAACAACAACAACAACAACGGUAAGUUCAACAACAACAGAGAUGAGCCCAACAACAGAAAUGAGUACAACAACAGAAAUGAGCACAACAACAACAGUAGUGGUGACAAAAGAGCCAUCUACUCCACUCACAACGACUGAAGGGCAAGAUUUGUGUCACCUUUUGGAAUUCUCAGAGUGUCAAGGCAUUUACAACUACACGAUUUUGCCAAGUCAAAAUCAGACGCAACUCCAUGGCGUGUUUCUGGCUCGUUAUGGCACUUUAUUGAAUAGCAGCUGCUCCGCGAAGGCACGGCCAUUUUUCUGUGCACUGACGUUUAGGAAAUGCGACCCAUUGACGGAAAGUGAAGUGUUGCCAUGCCGACAGCUUUGUCAAGAGGUGUCACGAGAGUGUGCUCUAAUGAUAUCAUGUGAUGGUUUGCCCCAAGCUCCUGCCACCUGCUUUGCUGGAGGAAUGUCUUCAGAGACGCCGCCGACACUAACCACACCACAGGUGACCACUCCGACAACAUCUGUCACCACCGUCUCAGGUAUUUAG